AUGUUAAGUGCUACUCCCUAUACCUUUACUCACUCCGACCUUACUAAUGUCAAUAUUAUGUUAGAUAAUGGCAGUUUGGCAGGUAUUCUAGAUUGGGAACCUUCGGGGUACUUUCCUGUCCGGUGGGAGUUUACUUAUACUGGAAUUGAAUGGAAAGACCUACUACGCAAGUAUUUGCCGGAUUAUACUAAGGCGGGUAAUUUCCGGUUGGAUUUCUUUGCAUUGCGCAAAUAUCCGAAUUUGGACGAAGGAGGACUAAGUUUUUUGAAUAGUCGUGGACUGAGCUUGCCAGUUAAGGCACAAGAGUAG